AGUAACCGGCAAGGAGAUUGUGAGAGAGGGGUCGGGACGAUCGGGAGCUGCAGGCACCCCCGCGGGCGCGCUGUGGUAGCGCCCAGAUGUAUCUAGCGGCGGCGUUCGGAAGCGAGUCGGUGAAGGCUCGACCAUGGCGGCGGCGGAGGUGGCUCGGCAGUCGACGGAAGGCGCCCGGAACCUGUCACUGUCUGGUCACGUUGGCUUUGACAGUAUGCCAGACCAGUUAGUCAACAAGUCGGUAUGUCAGGGUUUCAGCUUCAACAUCUUGUGUGUGGGUGAAACUGGUCUUGGAAAGUCCACCCUUAUGGAUACCCUGUUCAACACCAAGUUCGAAGGUGAUCCCGCCCCACACAAUCAGCCUGGAGUUCACAUAAAGUCCAACAGCUACGAACUGCAGGAAAGUAAUGUGCGACUGAAGCUCUCCAUCGUGAACAGCGUGGGAUUUGGGGACCAGAUUAACAAGGAAGAAAGCUACAAGUCUAUCGUUGAGUUUAUUGACGCUCAGUUUGAGGCCUACCUACAGGAGGAGCUGAAGAUAAAACGUACUCUACACAGUUACCAUGACAGCCGUGUCCACGUCUGCCUGUACUUCAUCGCCCCCACUGGCCAUUCCCUCAAGUCGCUUGAUUUGGUCACCAUGAAGAAACUGGAUAGCAAGGUCAACAUCAUUCCAAUCAUUGCCAAAGCAGAUUCAAUCUCCAAAACUGAGCUCCAGAAAUUCAAGAUCAAAAUAAUGAGUGAACUGGUCAGCAAUGGUGUUCAGAUCUAUCAGUUCCCCACAGACGAUGAGACGGUGGCGGAGAUCAAUGGAACCAUGAACGCGCAACUGCCUUUUGCUGUCGUUGGAAGUACAGAGGAGGUUAAGAUUGGGAACAAGAUGAUGAAGGCGCGACAGUACCCCUGGGGCACCGUGCAGGUGGAGAAUGAAAAUCACUGUGACUUUGUAAAACUGCGGGAGAUGCUCAUUCGCGUCAACAUGGAGGACCUUCGGGAGCAGACGCACGCCCGCCACUAUGAGCUGUAUCGGCGCUGCAAGCUGGAGGAGAUGGGAUUUAAGGACACGGACCCUGAUAACAAGCCCUUCAGUCUGCAGGAAACGUAUGAAGCGAAGAGAAACGAGUUUCUCGGAGAGCUGCAGAAGAAGGAGGAGGAGAUGAGACAAAUGUUUGUUACGAGAGUGAAGGAGAAGGAAUCCGAACUGAAGGAAGCAGAGAAAGAGUUGCAUGAUAAGUUUGAUCGUUUAAAAAAACUUCAUCAGGAUGAGAAGAAGAAGUUAGAGGAUAAGAAGAAGAGCCUAGAUGAUGAGAUUAAUGCCUUUAAACAGCGAAAGACUGCAGCUGAAUUGCUUCAGUCACAAGCCCAGCAGUCCGGAAGCCAGCAGACUCUCAAGAGGGAGAAGGAACGGAAAAACUUCUUUUAAUAUCUGCACGGGCUGCUGUCUGGAGGAGAAGGCUGCGACCCAUAGAAGAGUCAGGGGGGCUCUUGCGCUGUUCCUUUAACUGUGAAACUAAAUCUGUACUCCUAAAGGGCAAUAGUCAGCCUGUGUGGGUUAUGUGGGCUCAUCCCACAAGUCCAUUUUAUGUCUGCAGUCUGUCUUACCAGUAGGGCUAAUGGGUCUGAAAUGUUCUGUUUUCCUUUUAAUUUUUGCCUGUUGAAGACUGCAGCUUUGCAAUAUUUUGAAGCUUCUGUGUUUAAAUGGACUCUCAUUUCCCCACCGUGCUGUAUAAAUUACCAUCCACCGCCCGGGAAUAUAAUUGACAUACUGCGGAGCUGAAGUUAAAUUUAAACUCUUAUUUUAAAGUUUCAUUGUGAGUUACUUUACACUUGUGGGAGGGACGGGGGGGGGUGCGGGGUGUGCUGCUAUUCAGGGGUGUUAAAUUAUGAUCAGCUUUUAGGGAUGAUCUGAAGUAUGGGUAAAAAGGAUGGAAAAUGAUCAUCUGGAUUUCCAGCAUCUCUUGUGGUUAUGAGAAACGUACAGUGGUUUUGUGGAAAUACAGUAAAGUAUAAUUAUAAAUGAAUAGUCUAAUUGUUUCCUACACAGAUAUGAGAGGUUGGAGCUAGACAGGUUCACACUAACACUGCUGUAAAUAGGUAUGGCACAUGAUGUGAAACCGCAUUGUGUUUCCUCCGGGUGCUCUGGUUUCAUCCCCCAGUCCAAAGACGUACUGGUUAAUUGGUGAUUAUAAAUCGUCCUGUGAUUAGGCUGCGGUUUAAACGGGUGGGUCGCUGGGCGGUGUGGCUGUUUGGGCAGGAGGGGCCUGUUCCACACUAUCUCUAAAUAAAAAUAAAUUUUGUCCCAGAAAGCUCCAUAUUCAGGUCCUGGUUUGUAGUGAGUUGGUCUAGAUGGCGGUGGGAAUUUUAGCCAUUGAGUAAGUGAAUGGGUAGGACAAGGGAAGUCGGAGCUGGAGAACCCAGCUCCAACUGAAUGCAUUCAUUUAAUGCUGAGGAACAGGCAAGAGAAGGGGGGCUUUGUAGUGCAUGUGGAAGGAGACGAGAUUAGGUAGUGUUCUAUGCUUAAAGGAGUGUGUGUCUCAGUCACUCAGUGGUAGAAUGAAAGGAUCCUUAAAUUUGUUGUAACACAGGUUUAACUUUUAACAUUCCCAUAAAAUAGCAAAAGUAGUUAAGGAUGUUGAACAGAUUUAACUGGAAUACUUUGGAUUAUUUUUGGCAUGUUAAAUAUACAUUGUAGAAUGUCUUUUGAUAAACAUGCUAGUUAUUGUUUUGGCUACUAAUUGUGGUUGCAUUAGAUUUAAAAGGUAGUGACCAGAAGGCCUUGUUGAACAUUGCCUUGUUAACAUUCCUGAAUUGGUCUUUUAACCCUUGUUUGUCUUGCUCAUCACACCGAACUCCUGCAUCUUUCUGAUCUUCACCUUGCUUUGUGCUGUAUAUAUUUCUGCUUAUUUCACUCCAGUGAAGCUACUGGAGUGGUGUACUCUCCACUUUUGUUUAGAGGUCUCAAGUGUUUGACCCAUUAGAAAAUGAUCUUUUCUUUCUGACAUUGCUAUUCAUGCCUGUAACUUUUCAAUAAAAUUCUAG